CACUGUGUGAACAUUGUGUAAUUGGUUCUGGCUGGUCUAUCACGUGAUUGAAGAGAGUUCCCUCCUCACUCCCACCAGCUCUUUACCCCAAUCGUCAGCAUUUUUAAAAAGGUCUGGCCAAGUCAGCGGCUGUCUCAUUCCUACUGUUGCUGCAUUUGUGAGGAAGUGAGAACUCACCCAAAACAAGAGUCCUAGUCACUAAGGAAUCGAGCAUCCCCACUUUUGCUAGGCUCCUAAACUUCUUGUUUUAACCAUGAAGUUCUUGGUGGCUGCCCUCUCUGUCCUUCUUCUUGUUGACUUCUCCUUAAUGAUGGCAAAUAAGUCAGGUCCUCUUUCAAGUCCUCCCUUUUCACAAGAGUUAGAGCCUGAGCCGCUGGCCUGCUGCAAAGACUUUGUUAGAAAGAGGAUCCCACAAUCUUUCAUGCUUGGCUACACUAGAUCCAACCCCCGGUGCUCUAAGCCUGCAAUUAUGUUCGAAACCAAUAAAGGAGUGAAAGUCUGCGCCAAUCCACAUACGCCCUGGGUGCGGAAUUAUGUGAGAAACCUGGGAGGGUCAGUGGGGACAGAGGAAGAGGAGGGGAUUUUGGUCUAGGAAAGUCAGUUAGAGUGAGACUCCUGUGCUAAUGGUGACCUGGUCCUGCUUCAAACCUGCUAUUCACACCGCAGAGGGAUGGAUGGAAACAAGCCAAGCUGCUGUCCCAAGGGAAGAAUCUGGGGUAGA